AUGUCCAUAUUUCCUACGACUGAAGCAGGAACCAGAGGUUUUACCAUUGAUCUAUUUCAUAGAGAAUCUCCACAUUCUCCUUCCUAUGAUUCUACAUUGAAGCCUUGGCAACAUUCCGUCAAUGCUUUGAGAAGAUCAUUUAAUCGUCUCAAUCAUUUGACGAGGAUAGCUUACACCACACAAUCGCCAGCUGCAGACAUUAUUUCUGAUAGCGGUGAAUUUUUCGUGAAAUUUUCCAUCGGUACACCACAGGUUCCAAUCUUAGCGACUUUUGAUACUGCCAGUGACCUUAUCUGGACGCAAUGCCAACCUUGUCUUAAAUGCUUUAAGCAAACUUAUCCUAUCUUUACGCCUAGCCGUUCUUCAACUUACAGGCGACUGGCUUGCGAUUCUUUCUUGUGUAAGGCGUUUCCUGCCACAAUUUGUGACAAGGCUAGUAAUAGUUGCAUCUAUUCUGAGUCGUAUGCAGAUGGAUCAUUUUCGAGUGGUGAUUUUGUGACAGAAACCGUUACUUUAGGCUCUACUAAUGGAGCAAAAAUUUCAAUUCCUGGUGUUGCUAUCGGAUGUGGACAUAAAAAUGGUGGUGCAUUUUCUCUUGGUGAUUCGGGGAUUGCUGGUUUUGCAUCCGGAAAAGUUUCGUUUAUUUCACAACUAGGUUCUUCAGGGCAAGGAAAAUUUUCAUAUUGCUUGGUGUCAUUUUUAUCUGAGACUUCAAACUUGAGUAGACUGCAUUUUGGUAACGAUGCAGAUGUUUUCGGCAAAGGAGUUGUAUCGACUCCUAUAUUUCUCAAUCGAAAUGAAACUUUAUAUUAUUUGACCCUGGUAGAAAUAGGUGUAGGGAAUCAGAGGUUCGGUUUCUACGAUCCCGAUGCUCCCAAUGCUGCUGAAGAAGCAAACAUUAUCAUAGACUCUGGAACGACAUUGACUUUCUUGCCUUCGAAAUUAUACAACGAUCUUGAAACAGCAAUUGCGAGUCGCAUUAAGUUGAAGCGUAUUAAGGAUCCACAGGGAGUCUUGAAUUUAUGCUACGAUUCUCCGAAAGAUAUACAAGUUCCGAUUAUUACAUUUCACUUUAAAGGGGCGUAUGUGGAGUUGAACACCUUGAAUACAUUUGUUAGAACAAGUGAAACUGCUCUUUGCUUUGCAUUUGCACCAACAAAAGGAACUCCAAUUUAUGGAAACUUGGCACAAGUGAACUUUCUGAUAGGCUAUGACCUAAACAAGAAGACCGUAUCCUUCAAGGCCACUGAUUGCAGCAAAUCAUGA